AUGGGUGGUCUAUUUGAAACUGGGGAUGAGGGCUUAGAGCUAGCUUUUCGUUAUGCCGUAGAUCACGUGAAUGCAGAUUCGAGCGUCUUGCCAACAACUCGGCUGCAAGUCAUAGUGGAAAGAGUAGAAAGACAUGACAGUUUCACCGCUUCGAAAAAAGUGUGUGAUUUACUGAGCCAAUCUGUUGCUGCCAUUUUUGGACCUCAAUCUACGGAAUCCAGCAGUGCGGUGCAGUCAACAUGUGGGGCUUUGCAAAUACCACAUAUACAAACUCGCUGGGACUAUCGGAUACCGCCCCGAGCCCACACACUCAACCUUUACCCACCCCCAAGUUCCCUGGGGAGUGCCUACCUAGCGUAUGUAAAGGAAAAGAAUUGGAAGAUGUUCGCUAUCUUGUACGAACAGAAUGACGCCCUCAUUCGGCUACAAGAGCUGCUGAAAGAUCCGAUGAUUCGAACAAGACAUGUCGUGGUUCGCCAGUUUGAGGAAAACAACAACUACAGGAAGACUCUGAAAGAUCUCGGAAAGAAAGGUAUCAAGAAUUUCGUGGUAGACGUAGACACGCAGGACGUUCAUUUACUUCUUAAACACGCACAAGAAGUGGAUAUGUUAACUGAAUAUUUCAAUUAUGUCAUUACUACUUUGGAUAUUCAUACAAUGAAUCUUGAAGAUUUCCAGUACAUUGGAACUAACAUCACAGGCUUCCGUAUAGUGGACGAUGAGGCUUCGGAUUUUCAGGAAAUUGUCCAGGACUGGAGAUCCGGGACACUAUCAGGAAAAAAUUUUAAUAUUGAUUCUGCUACUUAUGCAAAAAACUUCACGACGGAAGUGGCUUUGGUGUAUGACGCGGUGUGGACCUUCGCGACGGCUUUAAACACGCUCGAGAAAGGCCAGCGACUGCAGGUCAAAUCCAUCUCUUGUAAAGACGAAGAGCCUUGGUCGUAUGGGCUAAAACUUUCUAGACACAUGAGAGGAGUGGAGCUGCAGGGGCUGACAGGCCGAAUCGUGUUUGAUGGGAAAGGAUUGCGCACUAAUUUUACUGUAAAAAUUCAAGAUCUCACUCACCUUGGACUAAAAGAGGUCGGAGAAUGGGACCAUAAUUCUAAUGGCGUGAUUCGGAAGACGGGAAACUACACACGACAGCUCGAAGAAGUUUCCAACAGUCUGAGAAAUAAGACUUUGACCAUUACGACAAUUUUGAACGACCCUUAUAUGAUAAGAGUUGAAGACGAAAAUGGCGUCUCUUAUGAAGGCUACUGUGUUGAUCUUAUUAAGAAGAUCGCAGAAGAUUUAAAAUUUCAAUACAAGAUCAAAGAAGUUGAUGACGGCAGUUACGGUAGAAAAAAUGAGCUGGGAGAAUGGAAUGGUAUGAUUCGAGAACUUAUAGACGGGAAAGCAGAUAUGGCAAUUGCCGAUUUAACCAUCACCUACGUUCGGGAAGAGGCAGUAGACUUCACCAUGCCUUUCAUGAAUCUCGGCAUCUCCAUUCUCUUCAAGAAGCCCACUAAGAAAGUUCCAAAACUCUUUUCAUUUCUUUCCCCUUUGUCCGUAGAAGUUUGGCUCUACAUGGCCACAGCUUUCCUUGGCGUAUCUCUCUUCCUGUUUAUAGUAGCUCGAUUUAGUGCCUACGAGUGGGUGAACCCCCACCCAUGUGAUCUAGAACCAGAAGAACUCGAGAACCAGUUCACUCUCCUAAACACUCUCUGGUUCACUAUCGGAUGUCUUAUGUGUCAAGGUUGUGACAUUACGCCGAGAGCGAAUUCUACUCGGUUAAUCGCAGUUAUGUGGUGGUUCUUCACCCUAAUUAUGGUUUCUUCUUACACCGCCAAUCUGGCAGCAUUUCUCACUGUUGAACGUCUUGCGUCGCCAAUCGAGGGCGCCGAAGAUUUAGCCAAGCAAACCACCAUUCCGUACGGUUGCGUAAGGUCAGGAUCAACGCAGUCAUUCUUCAAAGAAUCUGAGUUUCCAACUUACAAAAGGAUGUGGUCCUUCAUGGAAUCCUAUCGACCAGAAGUUUUCACAGACAAUAAUCAAAAAGGAGUAGAGAGGGUAAAAAAGGGCAAUUAUGCCUUCCUCAUGGAAUCUACAACUAUCGAGUUCAUUGUGGAACGUAACUGUGAGCUAACUCAAGUCGGAGGAUUACUCGAUUCUAAAGGAUAUGGGAUUGCUACACCUCACGGUUCUCCGUACCGCACGCACAUGUCCUCGGCCAUCCUGAAGCUGCAGGAGAGCGGUCAGCUGCACAUCCUGAAGGAGCGCUGGUGGAAGAAGCGAAGGCUGACUCAGAAGUGCGCGAAAGACGACACGAGCAGUUCAAGUUCGGCUUCCGAGCUGAGCCUCGCCAAUGUAGGGGGAGUCUUCCUAGUGCUCAUUUGCGGGGUCCUGGUCGGCUGCCUCAUCGUCAUCUUCGAAUUCGUCUGGAAGUCCAGGAAGGUACCCAGUGAAGAAAGAGAAUCAUUAUGUUUAUCUCUUUGUCGGGAGUUAAAAUUUGCAAUAUUUUGUGGCGGUUCAACAAAACCAAACAAAAAUACCGACGAAACUGCUGAAGACGCCACACCACAUCAAGAAAACGGCCUACCUUUCAUGCCGAUGCCUGGAUUCUCUUCUUCGAGCCCUUCUAAGGGUUUUGCCUCCUGA